UUUCUUAUGUGUUUUUAGUAAUUCGACUACAAUAUGUUUGGUUAUAAUGAAAAUCUUGGGGUUUUGGGCUCCCGGGCUUGCAAAGUGAAGCUGCUCUGUGCGUGGGGAUCCCGAGAGUCCCAGGCGCCUGCCUUCUGGUUCCCAUAGACGCGCCGUCGCCAGGGGGCGCGCAUACUUCGUGCCUAGAGAUCAGCGGCCGCCAGGUCGCCCCGGGCUGGCCGAACCCCUUGCUGCCCGGAAACAAAGUGCACCUUUGUCAGAGACCUGGCGCGUGUGAGCGGCAGACGGCGGGCCGCGCGGAACCCCAGGAGCGCGCCUUCGCUCGGGUCUCAGCUCACUCCUGGGCCUCCCACAGCAGCGUUCUGCCGCCUUGGCUUGUGCUUUCCGCUUUCUCGGAUCUUGGCGGGACAGGAAAGGGACUCUGCGCUCCAGGAGUGGGGGUUUCGUUUUGGCUGAGUCGUUUUUGACUCCUGCCGGCGAGGCUGGGCCGCCUGGGCUCAGCGCCAUACCGGCAGCAGUCCUGCUCCACAGUCCCGGUGCAAUAGAGCCCUCGCCCCGUCAGACGCGGGACUACAAUUCCCAGCACUCCUCGCGUUCAGAGCGCGCGGUGGGAGUUGCCUCCGGGCAGACGCCUGCGCGCUGCAGCGGCUCGAGCCUGGAGUACCACACCCCCGGGAGGGGAACGAGGGGAGGCUGAAGCAUCCGAAGCAUUAAAGCAUCCGAGGGAGCCGGAGGGGAGGAGAAUGGAGUGACAGAGACGCGCGGAGGGUGGGGGGUGGGGGGGAAAGUGUUGAGGGAGGGGGGAGGGGGGACACAGAGGGAGGAAGAAGCGGCGGCGGCGUCUCUUCGGUGCAGAGGGGGAAACUCCGCGGGCUCCGAGAAAGAAUAAUGCGGUAGCAGGCAGGCUGCUUGCUCUGGGGUUUGGCAGCAGCGGCGGCAGCUCGAGCAGUGGCAGCGGCAGCGGCAUCACCCCAGACGCUGACAGCACAGCCGGCCGGCUCCCUCGCUGACUGCCGACUGUCAAUGGAGCUGGAAAACAUCGUGGCCAACACGGUCUUGCUGAAAGCCCGGGAAGACAGAGAUUACUACAGUCUAUGUGACAAGCAACCAAUUGGGAGACUGCUUUUUCGACAGUUCUGUGAAACCAGGCCUGGGCUGGAGUGCUACAUUCAGUUCCUGGACUUAGUGGCAGAAUAUGAAAUUACUCCAGAUGAAAACCUUGGGGCGAAGGGGAAGGAAAUAAUGACCAAGUACCUCACUCCAAAGUCCCCAGUCUUCAUUGCCCAAGUUGGACAGGACCUGGUCUCCCAGACAGAGAAGAAGCUCCUGCAGAGCCCCUGCAAAGAACUCUUCUCUGCUUGUGCUCAGUCUGUCCAUGACUACUUGAAGGGAGACCCCUUCCACGAGUACCUGGAUAGCAUGUAUUUUGACCGUUUUCUGCAGUGGAAAUGGUUAGAAAGACAACCAGUGACCAAAAACACUUUCCGGCAGUACCGAGUGCUGGGCAAAGGGGGCUUUGGAGAGGUCUGUGCCUGCCAGGUUCGGGCCACUGGUAAAAUGUAUGCUUGUAAACGCUUAGAGAAGAAGAGGAUCAAAAAGAGGAAAGGCGAAUCCAUGGCACUCAACGAAAAGCAGAUUCUUGAGAAGGUCAACAGCCAGUUUGUGGUCAACCUGGCCUAUGCCUAUGAAACCAAAGAUGCACUAUGCCUGGUUCUGACCAUUAUGAAUGGUGGUGACCUGAAGUUUCACAUCUACAAUAUGGGGAAUCCUGGCUUUGAGGAAGAGCGAGCCUUAUUUUAUGCAGCUGAGAUCCUCUGUGGCCUAGAAGACUUACACCGUGAGAACACUGUCUAUAGAGAUCUAAAACCCGAAAACAUCUUGCUGGAUGAUUAUGGCCACAUAAGGAUCUCAGACCUCGGACUGGCCGUGAAGAUCCCCGAGGGAGACCUUAUCCGUGGCCGGGUAGGCACUGUUGGCUACAUGGCCCCAGAAGUUCUGAACAACCAGCGAUAUGGACUGAGCCCUGACUACUGGGGCCUGGGCUGCCUCAUCUAUGAGAUGAUUGAAGGCCAGUCACCAUUUCGAGGUCGCAAGGAGAAGGUUAAGCGGGAAGAGGUGGAUCGCCGGGUGCUGGAGACUGAGGAAGUGUAUUCCUCCAAGUUCUCUGAAGAGGCCAAGUCCAUCUGCAACAUGCUGCUCACCAAAGACUCGAAGCAGAGGCUGGGCUGCCAGGAGGAGGGGGCCGCCGAGGUCAAGAGGCACCCUUUCUUCAGGAACAUGAACUUUAAGCGCCUGGAGGCUGGGAUGUUGGACCCUCCCUUCGUUCCAGAUCCCCGGGCUGUAUACUGCAAGGAUGUGCUGGACAUUGAGCAGUUCUCCACUGUGAAAGGUGUCAACCUGGACCAUACGGACGAUGAUUUUUACUCAAAGUUCUCUACAGGCUCUGUGCCAAUUCCAUGGCAAAAUGAGAUGAUAGAAACAGAAUGUUUCAAGGAGCUGAAUGUGUUCGGACCUAACGGUACCCUCUCACCAGACCUGAACAGAAGUCAGCCUCCAGAACCGCCAAAGAAAGGGCUGUUCCACAGACUCUUCAGGCGUCAGCAUCAAAGCAAUUCCAAGAGUUCACCUACUCCUAAGACCAGUUGUAACCACCGAAUAAAUUCAAACCACAUCAAUUCAAACUCCACUGGAAGCAGCUAGUUUCGGCUCUGGCCUUGAAGUCAAAAGUGGAACCAGCUCAGAGCCUUCUACUUGGAAGCAGAACUUGUAGCCAGGGGAGCUUCCACUGUGGCUCAGUGGCCAGCAAAGCUCCAGUGGGAACUAAGAUAGGAGACCGUUCCCCCAAUAACAAACCUCCAAGUUUCUCAAAGAAAUUUCCACUCAGGUCUGUUUUCCAAGGUGGCCCCAAGCUGGGGUGGACUAGAAUUUUCCUUGUUGAACAUUGCAAUAGAAACCCAAUGGGAUAUGACAGCUUGCACGGAUUUUAAUAGCAUCCUAACUAGAACUGAAUUUUGUCUUUAUUAUUUUUAAAGGAAAGUUUUGUAAAUUUCUCUAUUGUCUCUGUUUACAUUUUGUAUAUUUGUAUUUAAGUGAAAGUCAGACUUUGAGGGUGUAUAUUUUCUGUGCAGCCACUGUUAAGCCAUGUGUUUUAAGACAUUUUAGAUUGGAGGGGGGGUUACAAAAAUGUGACUCUAGACUUCCAGAGCCUCAAAAGAGAUAAUGUUUUUAUUAAAUAUAGAAAAUAUCUCACUUUUUACCUUUAAAGACCUGAUUACAUCUAUCUACAUCCAUCUCUCUGCCUUUUUCCCCCUCAGUGUAGCUAUCACUCUCCUGUUGACUUGUAACAAGCUGAAUGAAAUGCCAGAAUGCACUUGGGCCAUCUCCCAAUUCAAACACAUCAUUGGUAAGAGUACUUCUAUGAGCAGGACUUAGACAUUGCAGUGUCAUUGGCCUCCUCCUGUAGGGCAUCCAGCAUAUAGGGCAAGGAAUCCUAAAUCAUUGGGAUAGAGAUCGUGGCUGCUAAAACCAGUGGUUUAAAGAGGUUUCUGUUAUAUUUGGGGAUUUCUGUUAUAUAUUCUUUUUAGGAGUUUGUACUGAUGAUAAUGAUGCGUCAUGAAAACCCAAGUGUUCUCAAUCAUGGAACUAUGGAGAAGUGUGAAUUGGGAUCCAUCCUGAGUGACUACCUCCAAGUUUGUUUAGGCCUUGGCUGGUCAGCAAACUGGUCACCAGAUCAUGAACCUUCAUGUGACUCCACUUAUUUGUUGGCUUCUGUGACAUGAAGAAAGUCUCACCAGGAAAAUGGGAUGCCUAAGAACAAGCCUAGGCACCAGUGAAGUAUAAAGGCAUCUCAUUGUCACUUCCCCAGGAGAGGUGGGCCAGAGGCUGGUUCUAAUUGGGCAUCUCAAAGUCACAGGCAAAAAAUCACUCCUGUAACACUUAGAUGGGCUUACCUUUCUAGCCCUGGGGAGUUGUCACCUAGCCCCUGAAGCCCCUGAGGUAACAAAGAAUACAUUUGAUCUCUCUUUCCCACCAGGACAGGGUGAGCAGCUAGUCUUACUGCUCCCUGGGAAGCUGAAGCUCUGAGUAUGACUCUGCCUCAAAACUUGUCUCAGCCACCAAUUACUAGGGUUUUUUACAGAAUGAGGCAGGUGCUACCUGAAUCAACCCCUGUUACAAUGCAGACUCCUAGGCUACACCCCAAGCCUACUAUGUGGUGAUCUUAUUUUGUAGUUCAGGCUGGUUUUAAACACAUAUCUUCCUGCUUCAGCCUCUGGAAUUCUAAGGUUACAGGUGCAUACUACCAUGGAAACUGUAUCUAUACUAAGUAUCUCAAACUUGGUGCACUUCCCCUUGUCCACUUGCUCCAUACUGUAGUGUGAGAACUAUUCCCCGGGCCUGUGAGUAUGGCCAUACCAAAUGUGUUUUUUUGAGAGACCUGACAACUUUGGGUCUUGAGUUUGCCAGGAAAAGAAUCCCAAGCAUAUCAGUCUCAUAUCUUUGAUUCCAAGCUCUCCCAAGGCUCAUUGCUAGAAAAGAGCCUUUGGGAAUGAUCAUUCUGAAAUCAGUUAACCAAGAGAGCAGCCAGGCUCCAUGGUGAAAAAUUAACUUCAAGCCUGGCUCCCAGGCUAUUUCUGAACUUUUCUUGGGCUGAGCAUGAAGCAGAUGCAAGUGACCGUAUUCAGGUUCUACUGGGGAGCAGGACACUCAGUACUCCCAGAUCAUCAAGCCCUUGCUGACACUUCUUUCUUAAGGAAAAGAAUUAUCGUCUUCCUGGGAUGGUCAUCAGCCUCAGCCACACACAAUCCCUGCCUCCUCCUUACAGGUUUGUUUCUUACUUCCCCAUCCACGGCUGUUUAACUCUUAGGAACUCUUAGGAAGCAGUUUCUCCUUAGGCCUCAAAGUCAAAGCAAUGUCCAUUGUAGCAGAGAAUCCCCAAGGGGGGGAAAUGCAAGUCUGUCUACCAAGAGUUCCCAUCAUGAGGUCCUGAAAGGCCUGUACAUGGAAAUGUGCCUGAGUGCCUGUGGGAGGUAAGGAAAGUCAUGUGAUUCAGUCUUUCACUCAUGGCUUCAUAACAGAACAGUGUGUGAAAACUGGCUCUCCUCCCUAAGUCUUCCUCCUGCUUGUGUUUCUGUAGCUGCAUUUUUAGAAGGUUUUUUUUGUUUAAUGAAAACAAGCCUUCUGCCCUUUCACCUGUCCAGGAGAAAGUGUGUGUGGCUAAUGAACAGACUGUGUUGUGUAUCUGAGCUCUUUGCAAAAGAGCCUUUCUUCGAGGGUGGCAUUUUUCUCACCAAAUUUCCACUGACUUGGAAUGAGAAGCUUCUCUGCUUUUGCUGUUUGGGAGAUAGGCCUCUGCUAUGAUCAUUCUGACUUACAAUUGUCCAUUAAACCCUUCAGGAGGGGACUCAGAAUAUCAAGAAGGCCUGAUCCCUACCUUCCAGGAGGACGGUGUCUAUCCUCUACUUGAGCCAGGCUCCAUGCUCACCCAGCUCUCUAGGGGCUGAGUCUGGCAGCAGCCACAGGGCUAGUCUCUGAGAUGUGUUGUUCUCUUGGAGGGGCAGCCAGCAAGAGGCUUGCCACACAGAUACAGGCAGGUAGCUCCAGUAACAAGCAUGCCUCAUAGUUACUGACCCUUGAUGUUUCUGAUGAGUCCAUGUGCGUGGGGACAUGAACAUGGCACAUCUUUACAUUAGAGGAGCAAGUAAGAUGGGAAUCUGCCUCAUAACUGAGGCCAGCCCCAAAGAAAGCUGAGAUCAGAAAGUUUCCAUGGAACUUAGCCCCACUGUUGAAAUCCAUUUUUUUUUGAACCCUGUACUUUCUUGAAAGUCUGGCUCUACUUUCCAUCAAAUUCACUGAGCUACUACCCUCAACAUAGAGCAAGCAAUGCAACUUCCUGUAGCUUAGCAUUCUAAGCCUUGAUAAAGGAAAUGGUGGCAGCUUCUUUGGACAAUUAGAGUUCACAAGAGAAGAAUAGGAAAAAAUGAUUCAAACAACACUGGACUCUUCUCAUGAGCUAUUGUGUGCUUGCUUUUCUGGCUGUAUCCUUAUCCCUUUCCGAGGGUCUCCCAUCUUCAUAACCUAAUACCCUGAGAUAAGACCUUAUUGCUUCUUAGGUUUUACUAUGGAAAGGCAGUAUAAAGCCUCUUCCUCCAAACUACAAUUGAUAUGCCUACCCUUGGAUCACCUUCUGUACCUAUUUAUACAACCAGCCACCCAGUUAUUGAAGCUGACAGGCAUGUAGGCCAGAUUCUGCAUAGGCACAUAUGAUGCCUCCUCUGAAAAGUCUUGACUCAGGACAAUGGUUUAACAUAUGACAAACUAGCUCACCCUAGGGAAGAAGUACCCUUUACCCUAAAAGAAGAUGCUGGGCAUUUUUCCAGUUCAAUGACACACCAUCCUAUAAUAGAUCACAAGUAAAUGUUGUCCAUUAGAAAGGCAUUGUGGCUACUGGCAUUGUUAUAAUAAUAACUCUAUUUUCCAAAAGUUUCUAUUUUUUUCCCAGGGAGAUUUUAGCAUUAAUGAAUGAAUGUGGGUCCAUCUUGGAGGUUAUUGUCAAUGAUAACAGCUUCUGUUGUGCUGCUCUGAACCUCACAUGUUCCAUUCACUAUGUCACAGUGCCACCUUGUCUAGCCACAACCACUGUUAUUUUAUAGAGAAAUAAAUUCCUUAAUGAACAUAA